AUGACUUCGCUUAUGAUGUGUUGUUUGUUUUUGUUAUUGUGUUUCUUCUCUGAAGGCAGGGAGAUUCUAGUGGGAGGCAAGUCCAACACAUGGAAGGUUCCAGAGUCUACAGAGGAAAGACUAAACCAUUGGUCAGAGAGAACAAGAUUCAAAAUUGGAGACUCUCUCUUGUGGAAAUACAAUGCUGAGAAUGAUUCAGUGAUGCAAGUGAGUGAGAAAGAUUAUAUGAGAUGUGACAGAUCAGAGCCUAUAAGAGGAUACAAAGAUGGUCACACAAAGAUAGAGCUAGAGAAAUCAGGUCCUUAUUACUUCAUCAGUGGUGAAGAAGGGCAUUGUCAGAGAGGAGAGAAGCUUCUUGUUGUUGUCUUGUCUCCAAAUCACAAUAGAAGGAAUGCAGCUGCUGCUCCUUUAACAGCUCCGGUCACAAAGAAUGGAAGUGAUCAUGUUCCGAUCAACAGCGCACAAAGAUCCGUUGCAACUGCUUGUUUCCUUGUUCUUCUUCUUCUACCAUUAGCCUUUUUGGUUUAG